GCAAGCUCGGGACCAAUGGGCUGGCGCGGCGCCGACCCGGGGGCCGGCCCGGGUUCCGCCUCCGGGCCGACAAAAAGGGCCGCGCUCUCGAGUGCGCGCAGCAGCCUGCUUCGAAGGACCGCGGCGCGCCGACUUGCAUCCCGCGUCGAGACGGCCUGCCGGACCCUCGGACAGUGCAGCCGCAACGACCAGCCUUGAAGCAAUGGACACGUCGCGGAGCCUGCUGCUGAGCCUCGCCGCUCUGGCCCUGCUGGGACCCGCGGUGACGUCAGCCUUCUACAGGGGAAGGCCGGGCAGCAGCCUGGCGCUGGCCAAGCGACUCGAGACUGAGCUCGCCGAGGACGAAGAGUACACCGCGCUGCCCGGCACCCUGGAGGCGUUCGAGUGGCGCUCCCGGUUCCCCCCGGCGCUGCCGGCGGACGUUAGCAGCUUUUACCCUUUCUUCAGGCCCGCGUCCCUCGCCAAGAAGAACAAGGACGCACCCCGGUCUCUGGACCCGGCCGGAGCGAACCGCAAGUUCCAGACGCAGGGAUGGAGGCGCUGAUCACGACGAAGCACCGGACGCUAUACAUUAAAGCCCACGUUUGACCGUUU